AUGCACUCCAAAGGACCCCAUUCAGGACUGUUUCAACCGCUUGUGAUUGGAUGUGGGAAAAUAACGUUGGAACAUAGGGUUAUCCACGCAGCACUCACUAGAAAUCGAGGCGUUCCUUUGAAUGCGGUCAACACGCCUGACAAGCCGAAUAGAAUAUGGUACCCAGGUAACCUCAUGGUUGAGUACUAUGACCAACGAACAACCAAAGGCGGUCUGUUAAUCUCAGAAGGUGUGCCACCUUCGCUUGAAAGCAAUGGAAUGCCCGGUGUGCCAGGUCUGUUCACUCGAGAACAGGAAGAUGGUUGGAGAAAAGUUGUCGAUGCCGUGCAUCGAAAAGGAGGGUACAUAUAUUGCCAGCUGUGGCAUGCUGGACGAGCAACUGUCCCUCAGAUGACAGGCUCCCAGCCAGUAUCAGCAUCAGCUACCACAUGGGACUCUCCUGAAGAGCACUACUCACAUAUUCCAUUCGGUGAAGAGAAACCUGUCCGUUAUGCGGAUCAUCCCCCAGUCGAACUCUCUGUGGCACACAUUAAGAAGACGAUUAGCGACUACUGUGAAGCUGCUAAAUCAGCCAUGAGAAUAGGAUUUGAUGGUGUGGAAUUACAUGCUGGAAACGGUUACUUACCUGAGCAAUUUCUCAGCUCCAACAUCAAUAGGCGAACAGAUCAAUACGGCGGGUCACCAGAGAAAAGGUGUCUGUUUGUACUGGAAUUGAUGGAGGACCUUUUGAACGCAGUUGGCGAUGAAAAUCUCGCUAUCCGCCUGUCACCGUUCGGCCUGUUCAAUCAGGCUCGGGGUGAACAGAGAAUGGAAACAUGGCUUCAUCUUUGCAAAACGCUGAAGGAGAAACACCCAUAUUUGUCAUAUGUUAGCUUUAUCGAACCACGUUACGAACAGAUUUUUAGCUACGAGGAGAAAGACAAGUUUCUGUUAAGUUGGGGUCUUCCGGAUGUGAAUUUAGACGAAUUCCGUCGAGUAUUCGGCAAUACGCCGUUCUUCUCUGCAGGUGGAUGGAACGAUAAAAAUUCCUGGGGUGUGAUCGAGUCUGGUAAAUACGACGCAUUGGUAUACGGACGUUAUUAUAUUAGCAACCCUGAUCUUGUGGAUAGACUUAAAAAGGGUCUUCCACUUACCCAGUAUGAUCGCAGUCGAUUCUAUGGUCCAUUCGAAGACAACGCGAUUGGGUACACUGAUUAUUUGAAAACGCAAAGCGGGCUUGUUUGA